UUACAAACUCCUGUAACCGAGCUCAGCAGGGAAAGAAGAAACAGUCUUUCAAUUAUUUACAAACCAGUAUCUGAUACAAAAUACGGUUACAUGGAAGACAAAGAAUCGCAAGUAAAGACGAAGAACCGACUCAUGGUGAUGUACAUGGAUUUGUUAUGGGUUGCCAUAAUGAAGACUCGAGAUUUUGCCUAGAUUAAAUUGUCAAAUUGUAGCAGCGUAAUCCACGGUCCCUUUACUCACCCUCCGCAUCCGGUUUGAUUUGAACGAAAGAUCGAGAUGAAAGCUUUUCUACUAGUAUGUGUAUGAAUACCCUCCCUGUGUAUUCUGGCAGACGUCAUUAUGGACUCCUUCAGUACUAAGAGCCUGGCCCUUCAGGCCCAGAAGAAGCUGAUGAGCAAGAUGGCCACCAAGAGCAUGGCUAACCUCUUCAUCGACGACACCAGCAGCGAGGUGCUGGACGAGCUCUACCGCGUUACGAAGGAGUACACGCACAACCGCAAGGAGGCCCAGAAGAUCAUCAAGAACCUUAUCAAGAUGGUGGUGAAGCUGGGAGUCCUCUACCGCAACAACCAGUUCAGCGGGGAGGAGCUGGUGCUGGUUGAGAGCUUCAGGAAGAAGGUCCACACACUGGCUAUGACGGCUGUCAGCUUUCACCAGAUCGAGUUCACGUUCGACCGGCGCGUGAUGAACGCCAUCCUGAACGAGUGCCGGGAGUUGCUGCACCAGGCCAUCAACCGCCACCUGACGGCCAAGAGCCACUCGCGGGUCAACCACGUGUUCAACCACUUUGCCGACUGUGACUUCCUCGCGGCGCUCUACGGGCCGUCUGAGGUGUACCGCGGCCACCUGCAAAGGAUCUGUGACGGCGUCAAUAAGAUGCUGGACGAGGGCAACCUUUGACCUCUCCCCAGGACCUUUUGACCCCUCCCCCUUUAACCUUUUGAGGCAUUACCUGGUAGUGUGAAAUCCACCACGGGGUUGCCUUAUUGGCUUGCAUUGUUGUUUUUAAGAGACUGACGUUAUGCACAUUGUAUGUGGACAUUUACAGUUGAUGUCGGAAGUUUACAUACACUUAGGUUGAAGUCAUUAAAACUUGUUUUUCAACCACUCCACAAAUAACUUGUUAACAAAUUAUAGUUUUGGCAAGUCGGUUAGGACAUCUACUUUGUGCAUGACACAAGUAAUUUUUCCAACAAUUGUUUACCGACCGAUUAUCACUUAUAAAUCACUGUAUCACAAUUUCUGUGGGUCAAAAGUUUACAUACACUGAGUUGAUUGUGCCUUUAAACAGCUUGGACAAUUCCAGAAAAUGAUGUUAUGGCUUUGGAAGCUUCUGAAUGACUAAUUGCCAUCAUUUGAGUCAAUUGGACAGGCCUUGAAAUACAUCCACAGGUGCACACCUUCAAAUUCAGUGCCGCUUUGCUUGACAUGGUUGAUUUCUUUUGAUUUUCCCAAGACCUCAGGAAAAAGGUUGUAGACCGCCACAAGUCUGGUUCAUCCUUGGGAGCAAUUUCCAAACGCCUGACGGUACCAUGUUCAUCUGUACAAACAAUAGUUUGCAAGUAUAAACACUAUGGGACCACGCAGCCAUCAUACCGCUAAGGAAGGAGACUCGUUCUGUCUCCUAGAGAUGAACGUACUUUGAUCUGAAAAGUGCUGUUUGGUCAUAAUGACCAUCGUUAUGUUUGGAGGAAAAAUGGGGCGCUUGCAAGCUGAAGAACACCAUCCAACCGUGAAGCACGGGGGUGGCAGCAUCAUGUUGUGGGUGUGCUUUGCUGCAGGAGGGACUGGUGUACUUCACAAAAUAGAUGGUAUCAUGAGGGAAGAAAAUUAUGUGCGUAUAUUGAUAUUCAACAUCUCAAGACCUCAGUCAGGAAGUUAAAGCUUGGUUGCAAAAGGGUCUUCCAAAUGGACAAUGGCUCCAAGCAUACUUCCAAAGUUGUGGCAAACUGGUUUAAGGACAACAAAGUCGAGGUAUUGGAAUGGCCAUCACAAAGCCCUGACCUCAAUCCUAUAGAGAAUUUGUGGGCAGAACUGAAAGUGUGUGAGAGCAAAGAGGCCUACAAACCUGACUCAAUUGCACCAGUUCUGUCAGGAGGAAUGGGCCAAAAUUCAUACAACUUAUUGUGGGAAGGCUACCCGUAACGUUUGACCCAAGUUAAACAAUUUAAAGGCAAUGCUACCAAAUACUAAUUGAUUGCAUGUAGACUUCUGACCCACUGGGACUGUGAUGAAAGAAAUAGAAGCUGAAAUCAUUCUCUCUACUAUUAUUCUGACAUUCACGUUCUCAAAAUAAAGUGGUGAUCCUACCUGAUCUAAAACAGAUUUUUUACCAGGAUUAAAUGUCAGGAAUUGUGAUCAACUGAGUUUUUAAAUGUAUUUGGCUAAGGUGUAUGUAAACUUCCGACUUCAACUGUACUUACUUUUGUGUUUUCUUGUGUGUCCUUCUGACAUUACUGUACAACACUGAAGGAUGCUUUAGUUAGUCCAAAGUUUCUUCUAGCUUCUUCCUUUAAAGGAAAAACAUGGACCUCUCCAGUGAACGUAGAACACAAGCUCUUGUCAAUCAUUUCUGGACCGAGGACUUCACCAGUGCCUUGGCAAUGUCUUUUUUUCCUAUAUAGACCAAGGGGUGUCUGUUCCCCCUGGCAACAAGGCAUGAUUCCAACCACAGCGUAAAGGUUGUAUGUUUGAGUGGUGAAUUGAAUGGGCUGAAAUGCUUUUAGAGCAAAAGAAAGAGGACAAUUAUAGAUUUUCACCUACUUCAGGACAACUAUAAGGGACUCUGUAUUUAGAAACAGGAGUGCUACUUGAGGUUAAACAAGCACUGUAGUUUGUUUGUUUAAUAAUAAACAUUCUAGUAAAAAGUCA